AUGAUGGAUGAUGAUAAUGAGGUUGGACUUCCCCAAAAAGGAUUGAACAUGAUUAUAAAGGAUGCAAUUCCUGAGAUGAGAAUUGCUAAUGAUUCGAGAGAACUGUUCAACGCUGUUUGUGUGGAGUUUGUAAGACAUGUAGCAAGUGAAGCACAAAGAAUUAGUGGAAACGAUCAUCGCAAAACAAUAUAUCAUGAACACGUUCAGAAAGCUCUUCAAAACCUGAACUUCCCAGCAGAUUACGUUGAAGCUGCUGAUAGUGUUUUGGGAGAAUGCAAGAUGGCUGCAGAGAAAAAGUUGAAAAGGAAAAACUCACGAUUAGACAAGUGUGGAAUUCCGGAAGAAGAACUUUAUCUGAUGCAACAGCAGCUGAUUCAGAAGGCUCGCGAAGAACAAGAAGCAGCUAGCAUUGCUCAGCUUCGGAUGCAAGAAGAAACUGCACAAUCGAUGUGUGCCCAACAACCAACUGUUGAUGAUGAAUAUGACACGUGA